GUGAGUGCGGCCGGGCCCAGCGGAGCCGCGCCGACACCUCUCUCCCCGGGCGCAGGUGGGCAGAACAGGGGGCCCCGCGCGACCAGCGCCACCGCAGCCAGUUUUCGCGGCGCUUUGCUCCCUUCCCCUCCUUCUUUCCCUGAAGGGUUUUUCAAGGGGUGGGGGAAAAAGCCGCAAACAAAAAAAGUGGAAAACAGUUAAUGACCAGCCACAGCGUCCCUGCUGUGAGCUCCGGCCACUUCCUCCACGGGCUCCCGAGCCACACGCAGGCUGCUGUGGUGCCGGCCGAGGUAACAUGGCUUGUUGGCCUCAGCUGAGGUUGCUGCUGUGGAAGAACCUCACUUUCAGAAGAAGACAAACGUGUCAGCUGUUGCUGGAAGUGGCCUGGCCUCUCUUUAUCUUCCUGAUCCUGAUCUCCGUGCGGCUGAACUACCCACCCUAUGAACAACAUGAAUGCCACUUUCCAAACAAAGCCAUGCCCUCUGCAGGAACACUUCCUUGGGUCCAGGGGAUUAUCUGUAAUGCCAAUAACCCCUGUUUCCGUUAUCCGACUCCUGGUGAGACUCCUGGAGUUGUUGGAAACUUUGAUAAGUCCAUUGUGUCUCGCCUGUUCUCAGAUGCUCGGCGGCUUCUUUUGUACAGCCACAGAGACACCAGCGUGAAGGACAUACGCAAAGUUCUGAAGACAUUAUACCAGAUCGAGCGUUCCAGCUCAAGCUUGAAGUUUCGGGACUUCCUGGUAGACAAUGAAACCUUCUCUGGAUUCCUGCAUCACAACCUCUCUUUGCCAAGGCCAACUGUGGACAAGAUGCUGGGGGCUCGUGUCAGUCUCCGCAAGGUAUUUUUACAAGGCUACCAGUUACAUUUGACCAAUCUGUGCAAUGGAUCAAAAUUAGGAGAGGCGAUUCAACUUGGUGACCAAGAAGUCUCCAGGCUUUGUAGCCUGCCAAGGGAGAAACUGGAUGCAGCAGAGCAAGUACUUCAUUCCAACCUGGACAUCCUGAAGCCAAUCCUGACAAAACUAAACUCCACAUCUCCCUUCCCGAGCAAGGAGCUGGUUGAAGCCACAAAAACUUUGCUGGAUAGUCUUGGGAAUCUGGCCCAAGAGCUCUUCAGCAUGAGGAGCUGGAGUGACAUGCGGCAGGAGGUGAUGUUUCUGACCAACGUGAACAGCUCCAGCUCCUCCACCCAGAUCUACCAGGCCGUGUCCCGCAUCAUCUGUGGCCACCCCGAGGGCGGGGGCCUGAAGAUCAAGUCCCUUAACUGGUACGAGGACAACAACUACAAAGCCCUCUUUGGAGGCAACGGCACUGAGGACGAUGCUGGCACCUUCUAUGACAAUUCUACAACUCCUUAUUGCAAUGAUUUGAUGAAGAACCUGGAAUCCAGUCCUCUUUCCCGCAUCAUAUGGAAAGCUCUCAAGCCCCUGCUUGUUGGGAAGAUCCUGUAUACCCCUGACACUCCAGUCACAAGGCAGGUUAUGGCUGAGGUGAAUAAGACCUUCCAGGAACUGGCUGUGUUUCAUGAUCUGGAAGGCAUGUGGCAAGAGUUCAGCCCCAAGAUUUGGACCUUCAUGGAGAGCAGCCCAGAAGUGGACGUUGUCCGGACGCUAUUGGACACCAGAGGCAAUGACCACUUUUGGGAACAGCAAUUGGAAGGCUUAGAUUGGACAGCCAAAGAUAUCGUAGCAUUUCUGGCCAAGCACCCAGACGAUGUGCCGUCCGCUAAUGGCUCUGUGUACACCUGGAGAGAAGCCCUCAAUGAGACCAACCAGGCAAUCCAGACCAUCUCUCGCUUCAUGGAGUGUGUGAAUCUGAACAAGCUGGAACCAGUAGCAACAGAGGUUCUGCUCAUCAACAAGUCCAUGGAGCUGCUGAAUGAGCGGAAGUUCUGGGCCGGGAUUGUGUUCACUGGAAUCGCUCCCGACAGUGUCGAGCUGCCCCAUCAUGUCAAGUACAAGAUCCGGAUGGAUAUCGACAACGUGGAGAGGACGAAUAAGAUCAAGGAUGGGUACUGGGACCCCGGUCCUCGGGCUGACCCCUUUGAAGAUAUGCGGUACAUCUGGGGGGGCUUCGCCUACUUGCAGGAUGUGGUGGAGCAGGCAAUCAUCAGGGUGCUGACGGGCACAGAGAAGAAAACCGGUGUCUACAUGCAGCAGAUGCCUUACCCCUGUUACGUCGAUGACAUCUUCCUGCGGGUCAUGAGCCGGUCGAUGCCCCUCUUCAUGACGCUGGCCUGGAUUUACUCUGUGGCUGUGAUCAUCAAGGGCAUCGUGUACGAGAAGGAGGCGCGGCUGAAGGAGACCAUGCGCAUCAUGGGCCUGGACAACGGCAUCCUCUGGUUUAGCUGGUUCGUCAGCAGCCUCAUCCCUCUGCUUGUGAGCGCCGGCCUGCUGGUGGUCAUCCUGAAAUUAGGAAACCUGCUGCCCUACAGCGACCCCAGCGUGGUGUUUGUCUUUCUGUCCAUGUUCGCCGUGGUGACCAUCCUGCAGUGCUUUCUGAUCAGCACGUUCUUCUCCAGAGCCAACCUGGCGGCAGCCUGCGGAGGCAUCAUUUACUUCAUACUGUACCUGCCCUAUGUCCUGUGCGUGGCGUGGCAAGACUAUGUGGGCUUCACACUCAAGAUCUUCGUGAGCCUGCUCUCUCCUGUGGCUUUUGGGUUUGGCUGUGAGUACUUCGCCCUUUUCGAGGAGCAGGGCAUCGGGGUGCAGUGGGACAACCUCUUUGAGAGCCCCGUGGAGGAAGAUGGCUUCAACCUCACCACCUCGGUCUCCAUGAUGCUGUUUGACACCUUCCUCUACGGGGUGAUGACGUGGUACAUCGAGGCUGUGUUUCCAGGCCAAUAUGGAAUCCCCAGGCCCUGGUAUUUCCCGUGUACUAAGUCCUAUUGGUUUGGCGAGGAAAGCGAUGAGAAGAGCCACCCUGGUUCCAGCCAGAAGGGAAUAUCAGAAAUCUGCAUGGAGGAGGAACCCACCCACCUGAAGCUGGGUGUGUCCAUCCAGAACCUGAUGAAGGUUUACCGUGAUGGCAUGAAGGUGGCCGUUGAUGGCCUGGCCUUGAACUUCUACGAGGGACAGAUCACUUCCUUCCUGGGCCACAAUGGAGCUGGGAAGACCACCACCAUGUCCAUCCUGACUGGGUUGUUCCCUCCCACCUCGGGCACUGCCUACAUCCUGGGGAAAGACAUUCGCUCCGAGAUGAGCGCCAUCCGGCAGAACCUGGGGGUCUGUCCCCAGCAUAACGUGCUGUUUGACAUGCUGACUGUGGAAGAGCACAUCUGGUUCUACGCCCGCCUGAAGGGGCUCUCGGAGGAGCACGUGAAGGCUGAGGUGGCGCAGAUGGCUCUGGGUGUUGGUUUGCCGCCCAGCAAACUGAAAAGCAGAGCAAGUCAGCUGUCAGGUGGAAUGCAGAGAAAGCUGUCUGUGGCCUUGGCCUUUGUCGGGGGAUCCAAGGUUGUCAUUCUGGAUGAGCCCACAGCCGGCGUGGACCCUUACUCCCGCAGGGGAAUAUGGGAGCUGCUGCUGAAAUAUCGACAAGGCCGCACCAUUAUUCUCUCCACGCACCACAUGGAUGAAGCGGACAUCCUGGGAGACAGGAUUGCCAUCAUUUCCCAUGGGAAGCUGUGCUGCGUGGGCUCCUCCCUGUUCCUGAAGAACCAGCUGGGGACAGGGUACUACCUGACCCUGGUCAAGAAGGACGUGGAGUCCUCCCUCAGUUCCUGCAGAAAUAGCAGCAGCACUGUGUCGUACCUGAAAAAGGAGGACAGUGUUUCUCAGAGCAGUUCUGAUGCUGGCCUGGGCAGCGACCAUGAAAGUGACACGCUGACCAUCGAUGUCUCUGCGAUCUCCAACCUCAUCAGGAAGCAUGUGGCCGAGGCCCGGCUGGUGGAAGACAUUGGGCAUGAGCUGACCUACGUGCUGCCCUACGAAGCUGCCAAAGAGGGAGCCUUUGUGGAACUCUUCCACGAGAUUGACGACCGGCUCUCAGACCUGGGCAUCUCCAGUUACGGCAUCUCAGAGACUACCCUGGAAGAAAUAUUUCUCAAAGUGGCUGAAGAGAGUGGGGUGGAUGCUGAGACCUCAGAUGGCACCUUACCUGCAAGACGAAACAGACGGGUCUUCGGGGACAAACAGAGCUGUCUUCACCCAUUUACUGAAGAUGAUGCUGUAGAUCCAAAUGAUUCUGACAUAGAUCCAGAAUCCAAAGAAACAGACCUGCUCAGCGGGAUGGACGGCAAAGGCUCCUACCAGGUGAAGGGCUGGAAACUCACACAGCAGCAGUUUGUGGCCCUUUUGUGGAAGAGGCUGCUGAUUGCCAGACGGAGUCGGAAGGGAUUCUUUGCUCAGAUCGUCCUACCAGCUGUGUUUGUCUGCAUUGCACUGGUGUUCAGCUUGAUCGUGCCACCCUUUGGCAAGUACCCCAGCCUGGAACUUCAGCCCUGGAUGUACAACGAACAGUAUACAUUUGUCAGUAAUGAUGCUCCUGCGGACGCAAGCACCCAGGAACUCUUGAAUGCUCUCACUGGAAAGCCUGGCUUCGGAACCCGAUGUAUGGAAGGAAGCCCGAUCCCAAACAUGCCCUGUUUGGUGGGGGAGGAGGAGUGGCGCACUGCCCCAGUCCCCCAGACCAUGACGGACCUCUUCCAAAACGGGAACUGGACGAUGGAGAACCCUUCCCCGACCUGCCAGUGUAGCAGUGACAAAAUCAAGAAGAUGCUGCCCGUGUGUCCCCUGGGAGCAGGGGGGCUGCCUCCUCCCCAAAGAAAACAGAACACGGCGGACAUCCUUCAGAACCUGACAGGAAGAAACAUUUCGGAUUAUCUGGUGAAGACAUAUGUGCAGAUCAUAGCCAAAAGCUUAAAGAACAAGAUCUGGGUGAAUGAAUUUAGGUACGGUGGGUUUUCCCUGGGUGCCAGUAAUUCCCAAUCACUUCCUCCGAGUGAAGCAGUGAAUGAUGCCAUCAAGCAAAUGAAGAAGCACUUGAACGUGGCCAAGGACAGUUCUGCAGAUCGAUUUCUCAGCAGCUUGGGAAGGUUCAUGACAGGACUGGACACGAAAAAUAAUGUCAAGGUAUGGUUCAACAACAAGGGCUGGCACGCCAUCAGCUCUUUCUUGAACGUCAUCAACAAUGCCAUUCUCCGGGCCAACCUGCAGAAGGGAGAGAACCCCAGCCAGUAUGGGAUCACUGCAUUCAAUCACCCCCUGAACCUCACCAAGCAGCAGCUCUCAGAAGUGGCUCUGAUGACCACGUCAGUGGACGUCCUCGUGUCCAUCUGUGUCAUCUUUGCGAUGUCCUUCGUCCCGGCCAGCUUCGUCGUGUUCCUCAUCCAGGAGCGGGUCAGCAAAGCGAAGCACCUGCAGUUCAUCAGCGGAGUGAAGCCCGUCAUCUACUGGCUCUCCAAUUUUGUCUGGGACAUGUGCAACUACGUGGUCCCUGCUACACUGGUCACCAUCAUCUUCAUCUGCUUCCAGCAGAAGUCCUACGUGUCCUCCACCAACCUGCCUGUGCUAGCCCUUCUACUUUUGCUGUACGGGUGGUCUAUCACACCUCUCAUGUACCCGGCCUCCUUCGUGUUCAAGAUCCCCAGCACAGCCUACGUGGUCCUCACUAGCGUGAACCUCUUCAUUGGCAUCAAUGGCAGUGUGGCCACUUUUGUGCUGGAGCUCUUCACCAACAAUAAGCUGAAUAACAUCAAUGAUAUCCUGAAGUCAGUGUUCUUGAUCUUCCCACAUUUUUGCCUGGGACGGGGGCUCAUCGACAUGGUGAAAAACCAGGCAAUGGCUGAUGCCUUGGAAAGGUUUGGGGAGAAUCGCUUUGUCUCGCCGCUGUCUUGGGACUUGGUGGGACGAAACCUCUUCGCCAUGGCUGUGGAAGGGGUGGUGUUCUUCCUCGUCACAGUGCUGAUCCAGUACCGAUUCUUCAUCAGGCCCAGACCUAUAAAGGCAAAGAUUCCUCCUCUGAAUGAUGAGGAUGAAGAUGUGAGGAGGGAAAGACAGAGAAUUCUUGAUGGUGGAGGACAGAAUGACAUCUUGGAAAUCAAGGAAUUAACUAAGGUCUACAGAAGGAAGAGGAAACCUGCUGUUGACAGGAUUUGCGUUGGCAUUCCUCCUGGUGAGUGCUUUGGACUCCUGGGUGUCAAUGGGGCUGGGAAAUCAUCAACUUUCAAGAUGUUAACGGGAGAUACCACUGUUACCAGAGGAGAUGCUUUCCUUAACAAAAACAGUAUCUUAUCAGACAUCCACGAAGUACAUCAGAACAUGGGCUAUUGCCCUCAGUUCGAUGCCAUCACGGAGCUGCUGACUGGAAGAGAACACGUGGAGUUCUUUGCGCUCUUGAGGGGAGUCCCGGAGAAAGAAGUUGGCAAGGUUGGCGAGUGGGCAAUUCGGAAACUGGGCCUCGUGAAGUAUGGAGAAAAAUAUGCUGGGAACUACAGUGGAGGCAAUAAGCGCAAGCUCUCGACAGCCAUGGCUUUGAUCGGCGGGCCUCCCGUGGUGUUUCUGGAUGAACCGACCACAGGCAUGGACCCCAAAGCCCGGCGAUUCUUGUGGAAUUGUGCCUUAAGUAUCAUCAAGGAAGGGAGAUCAGUAGUGCUUACAUCUCAUAGUAUGGAAGAAUGUGAAGCUCUUUGCACGAGGAUGGCAAUUAUGGUCAAUGGGCGGUUCAGGUGUCUCGGCAGUGUCCAACAUCUGAAAAAUAGGUUUGGAGAUGGCUAUACAAUAGUCGUACGAAUAGCAGGGUCCAACCCUGACCUGAAGCCUGUCCAGGAGUUCUUUGAACUCGCCUUUCCAGGGAGCGUCCUGAAGGAGAAGCACCGGAACAUGCUGCAGUACCAGCUUCCCUCUUCGCUGUCUUCCCUGGCCAGGAUUUUCAGCGUCCUUUCCCAGAGCAAAAAGCGACUCCACAUAGAAGACUACUCUGUCUCUCAGACAACACUUGACCAGGUAUUUGUAAACUUCGCCAAGGACCAAAGCGAUGAUGACCACUUAAAGGACCUGUCGUUACACAAAAACCAGACGGUGGUGGAUGUUGCAGUUCUCACCUCUUUUCUACAGGAUGAGAAAGUGAAAGAAAGUUAUGUAUGAAGAAUCCUGUUCAUACGGGGUGGCUAGAAGAAAGGAGGAACUAGACCUUCUUUUGCAUCAUGUGAAGUGUUCCAGAGGAAAGGGCUGGAAGAUUCUGUAGGAAGAAGUAAACUGGAUACUGUACUGAUAGAUACUGUUCAAUGCAAUGCAAUUCAAUGCAAUGAAAA